AUGUCCACACUUGACUUAUCAAUAAGUGAAGACAAUGGCCAUCAAAGGAACGAUGAUUCAUUGUUGAAUGAUAAAUCAACAAUAGCAUGCAUUGUUAUUAAUGUUAUCCUUAUCUUUACAAUGCUGUUAAUAAUAAUUUUGUUUUUCUCAUUAUUUUCAGCAAAAAGUCAAAACGAAAAUAAAAGGCCAUAUCUAUGCAUAAAUAGCAAAAGUGAAACUAAUAAGGAUUGCUUUGGUGGCUGGUUCUAUAAAGGUUAUGAUAAAUCCACGAGUCCGGCCAAAAACGCACAAUGGGCUUCUGAUCAUAAUUGGAAUUAUGUACUAUUUAGUACUGAUAUAACUACAGAUGAAAGAAAGCAGCAAACAUUAGAAAAUAUUAGAGAAUUUAAGAAGAAAAAGAUUUCUUUUCAUAUAAUGUGUCUUGAAGACACAAUUUUUAUCGAAAAACAUGAUUCUGCUCUUAAAAGUAUAGACGCCCUCUUAGACUUCUUUGAAAAAAAUAAUGAAUUUCCAGAUGGUAUUCAUAUUGAUGUUGAACCGCAUGCAUUAUAUCAUGUUGGAACUCCGGAAUUUAAUGAAUGCUUCCAAAAAUGGCUUGAUUUACUUACAAAAAUAAGAGCCCGAUUAAAUAAAUAUCCUGACUUGUUAUUUAGUGCCGCUGUUGCAUAUUGGUAUGGAGUAAAAACUGAUGACGGAAAUAUUACUAAUGGACAUGGAUAUGAUAUGGUUAAUGAUAAACGACUUCAUUCUAUGAUGCCUAUGAUAUAUGACGGAGCUGGAGGAACAGCUGAUAAAGUCUAUAAUCGCGCAAAAUACUAUUUACAAGAUAGAAGUAAUAUUGUUAUUGGAUUGGAUCCAAAAGAAUAUGAAUCUGUUGAACAAAUGAGAAAGGUGGCACAAGAAGUUAGCGAAAGAUUUGCAAAGAAUGGUACUGAAACAUCAAAACAUUUAUGGGGUUUCAGUAUUUUCUCUAACACUCGCUAUUAA